UGUUGAAGCCCAUAGGCAAGACUUUAAAUCAAUGUUACAAAGAAAAGGUACCGAGUUGUGCAAAGAAAUCUUGUUUAUUAGGGACAGUGUAAUUUUUGAUUUUUUUUUUUAGUGGCAGCAAAAAUUAUUGAGCAAUGGCAAAUUUUAUUGAAAACCCUUAGGAAAGUAACGUUUCAUUUCUGGCGCAGGCGUGACAAUUAGGCAGCCUGCAGGCGUCGAUCUAGGGAUUUCAGCCAUUUCCAUGAUAAUUGAAGAUGCAGCGUGAAAGGUGGCUGCGACUCAUCCGGUAAGUACCUAGAUAUCAGUUGUUUCUGCCUCCAAUAAAGGCAUGUAUUUAUUAUUUGCUAUGAAAUAUGAUUGUCUCAUUUAUAUAUUUAACGGUAUAAACAUGCUACUUAUCCAGGACUCAAUAUACCUAUCACCAAAAUGUUUGCUUCAACUGUGAGAGAAUCUUAGGGGCCAAGUAACCAUUAUUUUUACGCAUAAGUGUAAUUGUAGACACACAGUAAAAAUAAAUUGAUCAAUAAGUAUUAUUUUCACAAAGCUGUAGUUGAUCUUGCCACAUCACAUCAUGAAGCCAUGGGGGCAAAUUGACCUUAAUCCACUUUCCAGACACAUACCAAUCAAUUCUGAGGGCUUGUACGAACAUUCAUUGGCAGUUGUAAUCCUCACCCAGCUGUGUGCUGGGUCUGGGAUAUCUGGCUUGAUAAUAGAGACAGAAGCAAAAUGUGAAAGGCCUCCACUGAUAUUAAUACAACACAGAUUAUGAUACAAUAAUGAUAUUGACAAUGUCCAUGAUAUUGAUGUGUAAAAUGGAGGUAGUUGCUAACAUCUAAACGAAAUAUAAACAUAUUAGCAUAAUACCUGGUUACUAUAUACGUGGGCACUAAAACUGAUCUUUAUUAUUCCUAUUUAUCACAAGUAAUCUAAUAAUGCAUGUGACACAUUGCAAAAACUACUAAGUUGUCAAAGUAAAUGCUGUUGGAUAACAUGCUUCACCUGCCAGUGGGGCCUGCCCUGCUGGUGACUGCUUGCAAGAAUGAAUGAAAUGAAUUAGUGCAUACAUAAAUACACGAAUAAUUGUCACUGUUUGUGGCUAGAUUUUACUUUCUUUUCUUGUACUUCUUGUUCCAUCUUUGACUAAGUCAUAUUUCAUCUCCUCGUCACAAGGUUGGAAAAACUCGUGUUUGCUGGUCAACUACUCCCCCAGAAAAUGUUGUUCUCCACACUUCAUACUGGAUAUAAAUGAUUUUUAUGUACUCCAACCAAAACAUCAGCUUUAAAAUGAUUGUGAAUAAGGAAGAAAAAGUGUAGUUGCUCAUAAUAAUUGGUGUAGGAGUGAGGGUGGAAAAGCAGAGAGCCUCUAUUGCUCAUUUUUGGAUGUGUUAAAUUUGCAUGAUGGUUUUCUGGUGAUAUACUGACACAUGCAUUUUGUACUCCACUGUCCUAAAAAAAUCUUACUCCACUACCAGCCACAGAAAGUAAAAUUCCAACACUGCUCAUCGUUGUCCCAAACUGUCACCUAACAUUUUUAUUCUUAUUUUCUUUUAUAAGAUCCCAUGCAAUGUCAAGAGUUCAGGACCCAAGAUUCCACACAAAAUGGGAAUUCCAGGAUCUGAUGCAUACUAAGAAUUGCAGGAUCCAAGAUCCCCUGAAUCCCCCACAAAAACAAACCUUAAUGAUCCAAGAUCUCCAAGCUGCUCCGCAUAAUCAAAAGUUCAGAGUCCUGGAUCCCCUUGAUCUCACAUAAAAUUGAUGUCUGUUGGCAAAAUACUAAAUAGUAGGCCUUAUCACUGACGUGAAGGGCCAGAGAGCAAGUUUAACUGCAAAGGCUUCUUGGGCUACAUGUCCGUCUCCAAAUUAUUGGACAUUUUAAAUUAACUGAAAAAAUGACAGAGACUAAAAGCAGAAUCCAAGAUCCCCAGGAUCCCGCUAUAAAAUAAAAAUGAAGGAUUCUAGAUCCCCAGAAGCCAUUCACAAAACUAUAACAGGAUCUACGAGUAGGAACCCCAGGAUCCAUCGACAAAAUAUAAAUGUAGGACCCGGGAUUUCCAGGAUCGCGACAAACUCUGAAAUGCUGAAUCCAUGAUCCAUUAAGAUCCCAGAUGUUGGAUCCUGAGGAUCCUGGAUCCCAGAUCUUGGGAUCUUGGCACAAGUGUGCCUGUCACACAAGCAUGUCCAUUGUCCAUGUAUGCAAGUGAAAUGUCCAGGACCCGGGGUUCACCAAUGCAGCUCGCAGUGGGACAUUAUUUUGGCCACAAUUGAAAUAAUUGUUUCUGUGUUCCCAGGACAGCCAACUUCAGUCCAUCAUCUAGUGACCGGAUCUGCUCCUGGCACUUCACCAGAGGCGUCGCAUUCGGACCGACCCGCUUCCCAUGGAAUGUGGACAAGAUGCUAGAACUAGAUCUGCAACCCUCCCGGACACCAAAGUCAAAGCAGGUGUCAGCUGAUGUCACCUGUCGUCCUCUUGAAGAGACGUCAACUGACAUAACCCAUCGCGGUGCUGGGCGUGUCACGGCGAAAGGCGGAGAAUCGCAACUAUUGGCUGCCGAGAACCAGCUACUUCGUGAGGAAGUGAACCGACUGGCAGCGGCGGAUAGGUACAAGGCUGCCCGGCUGACUUUCAGUCAGAUAAGUGAAUCUGACGCGCUGGUGAACUAUUACACCAGCCUCCCAAACGCGAAAGUUUUUAAGACGCUGGUGACAUAUAUCAGCAUGCUUGACUUUGAGUACUAUCAGCAUAAGGUGGACGUCUUAGUUCUUGAGGAUCAGAUUCUCAUGUUCCUAAUGAAACUCCGGCACAACUUCGGCCACACAGACUUGUCAGUGCGCUUUGCUGUCUCAAUGUCCACGGUGACGAACAUCCUCAGAACGUUUAUCUCGGUGUUCGCCGAAGCCCUGUACAAGCCUGUGCUGGGGAAGGGAGUGACGAGCCGGGAGAAAAAUCGGGGAUCAAUGCCAGCUUCCUUUGAAAAGUUUCAGAACUGUCGCACCACCAUCGACUGCACAGAAAUUCACAUUCAAAAACCCGACAACACAAACAACAAGGCAAGCACCUACAGCGCCUACAAAGCGCGCAACACAUUUAAACUCAUGGUCGGAGUCGCUCCGAACGGCACUAUAAACUUUGUGAGCGGAGUGUACGGUGGCAACGCGUCUGAUAAGCAGAUCGCGGCGACAAGUGGCCUGCUGGAGCAGCUGGACGCGGGAGAUCUCGUCCUCGCAGAUAAGGGGUUCUCGAUCGGUGACAUAGUGCCGACUGGUGUCACUGUCAACACGCCGGCAUUUCUGUUCCAACCCCAGUUCACGAAAGAAGAAGUGCUUCACAAUCGGGAGGUGGCUGAGGCCAGGAUUCAUGUUGAACGUGCUAUCGCUAGAUUGAAACUGUACAAAAUUCUCGACGCGAUACCGCAUCAGUUCCGCAAUAUUGUCAAUGCUCUCGUGAAGGUAUGUGCCGUCAUGACUACCUUCCAAAACCCGAUCAUAGCUCAGCAUAGGCUUAUGGACAGGAGCAAGUGAGACAACAAUUCAUUACACUGAUCAUUGCCGCUGUCCGCUGCUUUGUACUGUAGAAACGGAAGGAUCUAGGGGCAUAUCACCCACUGGUACACGAUGCGUUGAAUCUGCAGCUCAGUGCAUUGGUCGCCCUGGCUUUUUCUGGGGUCUGUUUUGUUAUCUACCGGUGACUCUGGAAUCCCGUACCAGAUCGAUCAAGUGGUACAUUUGCUCAAUGAUUUAUGUGCAAUAACUUCGUGUGUACGAUGCUCAUUAGUUACGGUUAAGUACAAUGAUAAGUAAUCUCGUCUAACGCCUAAUUGUUCAUGACUGCCGCCGCAACCGCAGCCGCUGCUGCCGCCGCCGGGGCCGCAGACGCCGGAGGAGAGGGAGGAGGAGAUGAAGGUGUUUUACCUGGAGGCAUCAAUCAUUAUCGAAAUGUACCUCAUCUACGCCGAGGCCCUCCACCCUGCGAUCUCGGAACUCCUGGCGUUUGACGCUAUGGUCUAUGUGGAGGUGGCCUGUGACCUCUAUGAUGAGGGUCUCUCACUGUGAUUUUUUGUGAUCACAACACUUGAUUUUAAAACUUGAUUUUUUU